GGAAGGAGACGCCAUUAGAGGGAGGAGAGGGAGCUCUCCCCUAGCCUCGGGUCCCUGACGUGGUGGCCGGGGCCCUUCAUUCUGGGACUUUCUCGCAGGCCUCACCCGCGGGAGGACGCGGCGGGGAACCGGGCUCGGCGCGGGGCGUGAGAGAGCCGGGCCCGGGAGGAGCGGGCGCCGCGGCGGCGGUGGUGCGGGGCUCGGCGCGGCGCUGGGAUCCGGCGGCGGGGCAGCGGCGGGAUGGCUGCGGCCGGCGGCGGGGCGGCGGCGGGCCGAGCCUACUCGUUCAAGGUGGUGCUGCUCGGGGAAGGCUGCGUGGGGAAGACGUCGCUGGUGCUGCGCUACUGCGAGAACAAGUUCAACGACAAGCACAUCACCACCCUGCAGGCAUCUUUUUUAACAAAGAAGUUAAAUAUUGGUGGGAAAAGAGUAAACCUUGCCAUAUGGGAUACAGCAGGUCAAGAGAGAUUCCAUGCAUUGGGUCCAAUUUACUACCGAGAUUCGAAUGGGGCUAUUUUAGUGUAUGAUGUAACAGAUGAAGAUUCUUUUCAGAAGGUAAAAAACUGGGUCAAAGAAUUACGGAAAAUGUUGGGAAACGAAAUCUGUUUAUGUAUAGUUGGUAAUAAAAUAGACUUGGAAAAGGAGAGACACGUCUCCAUUCAAGAAGCAGAAUCGUAUGCAGAGUCUGUGGGAGCAAAGCAUUAUCAUACUUCCGCCAAACAAAACAAAGGCAUUGAGGAACUCUUCCUUGACCUUUGUAAAAGAAUGAUAGAAACAGCCCAGGUGGAUGAGAGGGCAAAAGGCAAUGGCUCGAGUCAGGCCGGGGCUGCGAGACGAGGCGUACAGAUCAUCGACGACGAGCCUCAAGCUCAGAGCGGCAGCGGAGGGUGCUGUUCCUCCGGAUAACUGCUCACGCCUGGGAAACUCAAAACAAAACAGAACUGUGGAUCAUUGCCCUCAACAUGAAGACUGCCAUAUUCCAAGUCACAUCAUUUUACCAAUGGAGUUAGAGAAUUAACAGUAUUUUCAAUUACGUUUAUAACACUGCAGAGACCUUAAGUGCUAAACUUAGUGGAGUUUGUGACCAGAGAAUUGGCAUUUUCUACAAAUGUUAACAAAGCAAUUACCAAUGGCCUUUUUACAUAUUUUUUUUCUUUAAUGAGGAAUAAUAUGCAUGUAGAAAAGACCUACUUAAAGGCUUCAUUUAUAUUCUUUUAAAUCAGAUCUUUAUUUAAUAACUUAUAUAUGAUGUUGGAAUGGUAUACAUUUUUGCAGUCCUUUGUAUUUUGUGGUAGUUUGAAUUGAAUCACUUCUAAACAGCAUACUGUUUUUGUUUUUGUUUUUUGAUUAGCAGAUACGUGAAGUUCUAUUUUUGCAGGGUUUGCACAGGCCCCUAACUGUCUACUACUACUUUGAUAUAAUCUAUAAACAUCCUGUAUGCUGAGCUGGUAAAAUACAUUGUAAAUUACAUAUUAAAUAUUUUAUCUGCUUUUACAAGCGCAAGGUGCAAAAAUAUGUACAAUUGUCUUAUUGAGGACUGUAAGGUGAAUUAACCGUUAGUGAUAACACCUAAGCUUUCGACUUUGUUAUAACGUUCAUCGUCCGCCCUUCACUUGUCUUCACAGGAAAGCGUGCACUUCAAUAUACACAUACUUUACCUGACUUACUGCUGUUGUCACUUUCCCCUUCCCUUUUUCUGUUUCUUUGUCUUUUCUUUUUUUCUUUUCCUUUUUUUUUUUUUUUUGCCUCUGUAUGUCCCAGUAAUCCAAAAGCAGCCUUUGCCUUUUUAUUAUUAUUAAACAAGAUUCCUUCUGCCAAUGUUGUUUUAGAAUGGUUACCUUAGAAGAAUCUGAGUGAUGCUUGCCAAGUUUCAUUUCUGCAUCAACUCCAGUCUUCUGUCAGACUUUGCAGGAGAUGGGCUCCCUGGCCUGACAAGAGGGCUCCCGUUGUAGCCUCUGACCAAGGCUUAUUCAUUCAUGCAGGACGUGAGUGGUACUGUAUGCUCUGGAGGCGGCAUUCCUGGGUCCCUUGUGAGGACAUUUUAUUGGUUAUUGCUUGUCAGAAAUGAAUAUAGAAAGCUGUAUUUCAUUUUAUAAGAGUUUUCUUGAGUCUCUAUGGGAAGAAGCAUUUUGUAACACUGUUACAGCAAACACUGGAAAGAUUUUAUUAUAAAAUCAUAAUCUUGUUUAUUUUGCAGUUAGUCCCACAUUAGAUUUUUUUUUCUUUAGCAUUGGACUGAAAUUUGUUCAUGUAGGAAACAAUCAGGCACUGCUCACAGAAAAGAAAAAAAAAACAUUGUGGAAACUAACAUAAAUUGUUCUUGUUCAAAUAUAUACAUAUUUUCCCAUUUCUGUCAUGCUUGGAAAACUAGUAAAUGCGUGUAAGAUAAGAUGGAAUGGUCCCUGGAUUUCCUUCUUGUAGGAAGUAGAAUACAGUACUGCAGUUCGUAAGCGUCUCUGAAGGUACAAGGAGGUGAUGAGCACUGAGCGAAUGCUACCGGAGUCGUAGGAGUAGCUUAAACCUUCUCAAAUAGGUUGAAAGGUGAACGGCUUCCCCCUUACUGUCUAAACUCUAGGAACUGAACUUAGCUUUGUGUUCUCUGAGUGUUCUCUGAGCCCUCCCUUUAGAUUUGCAUACUUACUUACUGACCUUGCCAAAUUAAAAAUGCUGACCUCUUUGCUGUGUGCCUAAUGACGGUUAGAGUAGAAAAGAGUCAGGAGAAUGAGCCACAGUUGUGUGCCAUUACGAGAUGACUGUACUGUGCCACCCUCGGUUCCUUGUGGCGUUGGUGUCCACGCAUGGGCUUAAAGGGCAGCAGGAAGCAUGGGUCACUGGAAAAUGUGUUCCUACCCUCCAGCCUUUUCAAGAGUAAAGACUGCUGUCAAUAGUCCUGUUGGAGAUAGGAAAUACAGUCUCCUCACUGGAAUAGAAUACUGCUUUCUAAACUAGAGAUGAAAUUAAAAUACAUUAAACUUGACCAUUGGA